CCAAACGUCACACCAGGGCGGCUCCAAGUAGCCGCGGGGCAGCCGAGCAACAUUUCCCGGCGCAGCUCAGUUCCCUGCUUCCUCUCCUUCCUCCUUGCUGGCGGCUUGAACAUGUCCAGGUGGUCGUGGUCCUGGUGGUGGCUCCUCCUGGUGUCCGAGCUUCAGGAAGCGUGUGGUGCUUCUGGGAAUCUCUCUGGGAGCCUCUCUGCCCCUCGCGUGGUCACACUUGAAAACGGGAGCUGCAAAAAUGUGACCUUCACCCUGGAGGCUCCACUGGAGGCGCCCUGGGCCGUGACCCUGGACGUUGUCUACACUUCGAAGAACAAAAGCGUGCUUGAGUUCCCUGAAGAAGUCCCGGUGCCGGCGGGGCAAAAAGCCGCGAGUUUUCCCGUGAUGGGGCUGGACGUGGGCCAAGUGACUCUCCUUCUCCAGGUCAAUGGCUCCAACCAGACCAGCGCCCUGGUCCACUUCUUGGUGUUCCGCAGCCGCACGCUGGAGUGGAUCAACCAGGUCAUUGGCUGGAUCUACUUUCUGGCCUGGUCCAUCUCCUUCUAUCCACAGGUGUUUGAGAACUGGAGACGCAAAAGCGUGGUCGGCCUGAGCUUUGACUUCGUCGCCCUCAACCUCACUGGCUUCAUCGCCUACGCUGUGUUUAACGUUGGUCUCUUUUGGGUGCCCUACAUCAAGGAGCAGUUUCUUCACCAAUACCCUGCCGGCAUUAACCCCGUGGACAGCAACGACGUCUUCUUCAGCCUCCACGCCGUGGCCCUCACGCUGGUGAUCAUCGGGCAGUGUCUCCUGUAUGAGAAAGGCGACCAGAGAGUGUCCAGGGCCUCCGUGGCCUUCCUGGUGCUGUCCUGGCUCUUCGCCCUGGUCAUGAUGUGCGUGGCCCUCGGUGGGGCCGUCACCUGGCUGCAGUUCCUCUUCUGCUUCUCCUACAUCAAGCUCGCCGUCACCCUGAUCAAGUACUUUCCCCAGGCGUGCCUGAACUUUCGCCGGAAGAGCACCGAGGGCUGGAGCAUCGGCAACGUGCUCCUGGACUUCACGGGAGGCGUCUUCAGCCUCCUGCAGAUGUUCUUCCAGUCGUACAACAACGAUGAGUGGACCCUGAUUUUUGGAGACCCCACCAAGUUUGGCCUCGGCAUGUUCUCCAUCAUCUUUGACAUCAUUUUCAUCAUGCAGCACUACUGCUUGUAUAGACAGAAGCCAGGGUACGAGCAGCUCAGCUAGUACUCUCGGACAGCCCCACCAUUCCUGUAGGCCGCGAAGCCACGGCCGGUCGUGGCUCUGGCGUCCGGAGAGCGUGAGCCUCGUCGUGCGAGCCCAGAGCCUUGAGGGACGGCGAUCGCAUCUCUUCCCGCCGGAAGUCCUGCCGCGCUCCUCGCUCACUUGCUCCCUCGGGGCACCCCCGGCCCCCUUCUGCUCAUAAGCCAGUUGUCCGCUGAGGUUCAAACCUGCCACUCCCGGUUCAAGAGACUCGUGUGCCUGGGACGACGGGCUUGCUGUCUGUGUCCGGGCCCUCGGCCCCCCGGCCCCCAGAGUGGGCCCAGCAGCCGUGCCCGUGUCCCCGGGACAGAGGCUCCUUUCUCCGAGGGCGCCUCCGCUUCCCCCUGGUGUUCAGAAAUGUCUUUCUUGUUUUGUGUUUUCAAGGCUCUCGCCGCCCUUCACGGGUUCAGAGGCGCAUCCAUAGUAGCAUCGUGCCAGAGGGAGGAGGGCGCCUGCUGUCUGUCGCUGCUCUCUGUCCAAGCGUCCCAGCGCGGGGCUUCUGCUCCAGAGCCUCCGCUGCCCGUGGCCUGGGGCUGGCCAGCUCCUUCCUAAGCCUGAUCCUGGCUGUUAACCCCAUGGGGCCCGGCCCGAGGUGUGAGCCCGCCAUUUGGGGGGGCGCGUCUCUUCUACGAGCUGUCCCUGUCACCCUACCUAUGAGCACUCCGUCACGAGACAAAACACCCUCCCCCCCAUGAUUUCCCAUGGGAUUUUGUGGGCAGGGGCCCUUGGGCUUCAGCCAUCCUCCCAAAUGCACACACCCCAGUAAGAGAGCAGUCAGCCCCUCCUCGUUCUGGGUCCUCGUAGGGUGCCUCGGACCUCCAGCAGCUGCUUGGCUCUGGAGCACCCCGGUUCUCUGCUGUUACCUCGCCACUCCCAGGCAUCUCCCUGCUUCUGUUCCAGCAAGCUCUGCAAUGAUGGUGGUGGUCUGUGGACGUGAUUUUUGUCUACUUUCUAUGUAUUUUAUUUUUAAAAGAUCAGUGUAAGAAACCUAGAGCUUUCCAUUAAAACUAACGUUUAAUUUUUCACA